GGAGCACUGGGGGCUCAGGCCCCUCAAUCUGUUUUUAGACACAGCCACUGGAAGGGGGAAAUGGAUUACAUCCCGCCACGUGUCAAGCUGAGUGAUGACACGUUUGUCUUUCUAGAUGGCAAAUGGGUGAAUGAAACCUACAUUCAGUCAGCAUUCGCUUCCUCUGCAGAAGCCCACCAGAGACAGUGCAGCAAGAAGGCUCAUAAUGAUUGGACCCUCUGGGAAGAGAACAAAGCCCUCUGGGAAGAGAAUAAAGCCCUCCGAAUGGAAAACAGGGUUCUCCGGGAAGAGAAUAAAGCACUCCAGUGCCUGCGGAUGGAAAACAAGGGCAUUCAGGUUAUCUAUGAUGAGAAUCUCCAGCAAGUCCUCCAGCAAGAAAAUAAGCCUUUAGCAACCCUCCCAGCCAUUGUAGGACUCCAGUGUGGUAUGGAAAACAAAUCCCUUCAAGUUAUCCGAGAAGAGAAUAAAGCCCUCCAGCUCUUCCGGGAAAAGAAUAUAGCUUUGAAAGUCUUCCCUGAGGAGAAGAAAUCCACCCCAGUCAUCCAGAAGGAAAAGCAAUCUGCUCCGUUAUUAGGAAAGGAAGAUGCCUCAGCCCAAGAAAACAACACCACAACUGCGAUCCAGGAAACUAACAAGACUGCAGCAGUCCAGUCAGUAAAAGCUGCCCAAGAAAUCCAAGAGGAGAGCAGGACUUUGGCAGUUCAGGGAACACAUAAAAUCUCCUUUUCAUCAUUAGAGGAGAAUGAGGCACUUGAAGCUGUCCAGAAACUGAACCAAACUGUGUUGUUCCUCCUUAGAGAAAAUCAAGUACUGCUGGAAGAAAAACAGGCUCUCCAGACUCUCCAGGGAGGGAACAAAAUUAUUUGGGAGGAGAACAAUCUACUGAAGCUCCAGCAGAACACAAUCAAAAGUGCAAUCAGUAAGAUUAUGUCUCAGAUGGCUGUGCUGCAAGAGGAGCUGAACUCCUUUGCCUCCGUGCAGGAGGUGGAGGGUGAAAUGAAGAAGCCAGCAAGUUGCUGAAAACUUAAUGGCUGCAGGGAGAGAUGGUGAAACUUUAGGCUGAAUACUAGGUAGUUCACAUUUGCAAAAUUAUCUCUCUCCCUAAAAUCUAAUAAAGCUCUGGAUUCAGGAAA